AUGCUGUUCAUCAAUGCAAUUGCUCCGACUGGCAAGCUCGGCGCCUGGAACGAGGAAUUCUCUUUCGCAAAGGUGCAGCCGUGCGAUUAUGUCGCUGAGGUCAACGGCGUACCAGGGCUCAAGGACAUGUCCCAGGAGCUCCAGAAGCGUGCGGUGGUGCGUCUCCGGAUUCUGCGCUUCCCGCCAGUCUUUGAGGUCAAGCUGCCAGCUGGGCAGGAGGCCCCGGGACGAGUGGUCGGCCUGAAGUAUGACCCUCCGAUGAAUGACAGGGACACGGGCUUGACGAUCAAAGAUAUAGUACCAGACAGCCGCAUGGAUCACCACAACAGGAGCUGCAUUGAGGGGAGCCGCUUCCACUUGGUGGUGAUGACCGGCUUUCGAAUCGAGGGAGUGAAUGGAGUUCACGGGGCCGGGCAGAAGCUUCAGCGAGCUCUCCUUGAGGCGCGAUCUGGGCCUAUUCAUCUGACGAUCCGCCGGGUUGACAAGCCUCCAGCGGCCGGUCUUCCACGGAAGGCGAUGAACCGAUUCCGCAAUGCGAUGCGAGCCAUGUCCGGGGCGCGCCUGGGUGAUGAGCUGGACACCGGAGCAGCCACCCAUUCGCUGGCCGAGACUCUCCCAGCAGAGGGUUGGGGCCAUGUGCUGAGAAAAGGAGACGCUCGCCAACAGGAGGCAGCGGCCAUCGACAGUUCGGUGGAUUUCGCGGCGACCAUGCCACCGGGAGCUAUGAGAUCGGCAGUCAGGUUCAACAACGAGGUGUCUGUGGCAAAUGCGGAGCGAGAUGUGGUAAGCCCCAUGAUGUCGGAGAUCAUGCACAACUUGGACUACGAUGAUCCCUUCGCGCGCACCGGUAUGUCCAUGAUCUCCAUGACCUCAGACGUCUCCAUGCCGACUACGCCGCAGGUGCCGAACAUCAACCCACUUUCUCCAGGGCAUGCCACAUCCGUGGCCAGUCUCACGCUGACAGAGGGUGAAGGACAGCCAGGUGAAGCUGCAGCAGAGGUGACGAACAACCUCGUGGAUGCUGCUGCUGAGGUGGCCCAGCAAGAAACUCAAAGACUCCAAGCCGGUGCAGAGCAGGCACAGGUUGACAGCGAUGAAGCCGAACGCGAAGCAGACGCUGCCAAGGUGCUGGCAGUGGAGAUGAACAAGCGACAAGCGGCCCUGGAGAAGGCGCUGCAAGAAGAGAUGAUGAAACGGCAAGCGCAAAUGGAGAAGGAGCUCGCAGAAAAGGCAGCACAGCGGCGAGCCCAAAUAGAGCAGGCCUUGGCGGAAGAGGCGCAGCGGAAGCAGGCGGCCCUGGAGCAGGCUUGGGCCGAGGAGGAACGACGCUUGCGGAGCCUCCAGGCCCAGAGAGCCGAAGAGGCCGCAGCAGCUUCGGCCAAAGCCCAGGAGCAGGAGGCGAAGCAGGCCUUGCAUGAGGCCUUGGUUCGCAGCGCGCUGGUUGAGUCGCAGGCAGACGCGAAGGAGAAAGACGACGCAAAGCAAGCUUUCAACGAGGCGUUGGCAUUGGCCAUGAUGGCCAAGGCUCCGAUUGAGGUGCAAGCCAACGAGGGGGAAGAGGUCGAAGUCGACGUGCCCGAGGGUUUGAAGGCUGGGGACGUGUUCCACAUUCUCUGGGAGGGUGAGGAAUACGAGCUUGCCGUCCCAGAGGGUGCCCGCCCUGGAGACCCCAUGCGUGUCCGCCUCACCCACGAAGCUCAGCAGGAUAAGUUGAAAGUCGUCGUGCCGGAAGAUUUCCAGCCAGGGGACUCUCUGAGGGUGGAGAAGGGCGGGAAGAAGUACGAUGUCGUGGUGCCCGAUGACAUGAAACCAGGCGAAAUGCUGGAAAUCGCCGUGGAGGAACAGGCCAGUCAGCCGAAUCUGUCGGGCUUUGGCAACUCGCAACCUUCUGUCAUGCCACCCACGGCGACACAGCCAAGAAAAGAGGUCCGACUAGACAUCCCGAGUUCGCAGAAUUCUUUGGGGGCAGCUUCGCCGAUGGGCGCCCCCUACCUGUCGGGGCUGGGGCCGGCCGCUGGUGCGUCGAGUUCACAACUCGGUCUAGGUCCUUCAAAGACGCUGGGCCCGAACAAUGGCACCCAGAGGCCACCCGACAUGACGAUGAGCUCACUGCAUUUCAGACCUGGGCUUGCGCCCCCGGGCUCGCGUACGAUGGGGCCAGGUGGCUAUCCGCCUCUGAGUUCCUCAGCCUCCUCGCCAUUGCUCGCCAAUGCUGGUGCUGCCACGCUGCCGGGCCGGCGUGGUCCGCAGUCCAUGGCCAUGGCCGGAAUGCGUGCGCAAGGGCCAGGUCUCAUGACGCCGGACGGCUGCUUGCUUUGGGAGGUGAUGGGCUUGGUCGAUUCCCAUGACUUCUUAGCCUCUGCCCCCAACCUGCAGGUGAAGCUUCAGAAAUCAGGGUUGGAGGAUGACGACGAUGAGGCUGACGAGGAGCAGGCCGGACAGGACCAUGUCUUCUCCUUCUAUGACGAGUUGUCUCCGGAGGAGCAGCGGGACCUGGACGACCAGUUUGACCGAAUCAAUGCUCAGGAGUUUGAGAACGCUUGGGUGCACGGAGCAGAUGAGACCAGCUUUGCAGAGCAGGGCAUCCAAACCGUGCCCCCAUGCCUGAUGAACUGGGAUCUUAAGAGACCGCCAAAGCUGCAGCCUGGUGCCAACAUCACCAAGCUUACAGACGUCAGUGAGCGCAAAUGGACCGCCUGGCAAACGCUAGGCCUUGAGAUGUAUUCUCGUGACAGGGUAGCCAUCGUGAUCAUGUCCGGCGGGAAAGACUCUCGCAUUGGUGGGCAGAUUCCGAAGGGUGCUUUGGAUGUGGGGCUCUUGUCUCACAAGUCAAUCUUCCAGCUUUACAUCGAGAGAAUAAGAAGGCUGCAGCACCUGGUCCAACGGAAAUUCAAAAAAGCCGUUUACAUUCCUGUGUACAUAAUGUGCAACCGUGAUAACAAAGAGAUCAUCGAAGACUUCUUCCGUGAGAACGAGUUCUUCGGUAUCAGAGAGCAGGAUGUCUUGUUUUUCACGCAGGGCGACUAUCCAAUCUGCGACAAACGCGGGAAAUACCUGCUCGAAGAAAAGCACAAGAUCGCGGUUAAUCCGAAUGGCAACGGCGGCAUUUUUAAAGCCUUGGUGGAGGAGGGCAUGGUGUCCGACAUGAAGAGCAGGGGUGUAACUAGCAUUUACGUCUGCAGCAUCGACAACGUCCUGGCGAAGGUCGGAGAUCCUGUUUUCAUCGGCUUCUGCGAUACCUGCAAGGCCGAUGCAGGCCUCAAGACCAUGGAGAAGGUGCUUCCAGAGGAGCAGUAUGGCAUCUUCUGUUCUCAGCUCUACCGGGACGUCUUCGAAGACGUGGAUGGAGAUGGCAAGCUCGACUCUGUUUCCAAGGUGAAGGCCUCUGUUUUGGAGUUCUUCGAGAUUCCCGAGGACUUGAAGAAGCGGCGCAAGCAGGCAGGAUCUGGUGGAAUGCCACUGGAACUAAGUGCCGGCAACUUGUCCCAGUACUUCUUCAAGAUUGAUUUCGUCAAGAAGGUGGCGCAGCUGCACUGGAAGAAGUGGCACCUCAUCCCAAAGGCCAUCCCCUACAUGGACUUGAAGCUUGGACACAAGGUGGAGCCUCCAAAGCAGGACCGGAACGCCAGGAGGAUGGAGAUGUUCAUCUUUGAUGCAUUCCAGCUCUGCAAAAGUGUGGUGGGCCUGCAGGCAGGUUCCACGGACAGAAUAUGCACUGGUCAAGAACGUCUCGGGGCCCAGCUCGCCGCAGACGGCAGUGCAGGCACAACAGUUCUUGCUGCCUCAUGCUCCGUUGCAAAGACAUUUUGUGAUAUCCUGAUGCUUCCACAGGCAGUGGGGCAGCUCCACCAGCAGUGGAUCAUUCGUGCAGGAGGAGAGUUUGUAGAUAAAAAGGUGGCCGGGGAAACGGAGGACCUGAAGUGUGAAAUCUCGCCCCUGGUCUCUUACGACGGUGAGGACUUGGAGGGUCAUUUCCUGAAGCCUUUGGCGCUUCCAUUUUAUCUGCCAUCACAGAUGGAGUUCACAGACUUCUCGGCAGCAACUGCACCCCUGGCGAGAAGGCCUUCCACCCACUACUUGGAUUGGCAGUCAGACAUAAUCCGUCACGAGCUGGAAGUGGAACUGCAUGCGCAGCUGGGAAAUGUGUUGGAGAUGAUGGAAGAUCCCAAAAAGUACGAAUACCAUGGGGAGCGAGCAGCUAACGAAGAGGAAACGCUGCCACCCACGCCUCGCGACACAGGGCCAAAGAGGCCCGGAGCCGCAGGGCGAGAGGUCGCGCAAGGAUCUGGAAGUGCACGAAAAGAUUCGAAGCAGGCCGAGACAAAUGAUCCUUCAGAGCCACUUACCGCCCUUGAGGGGCCACCGACGGACACGUACAUGGAUCCUAAGAAAACAAUUAACAGCGAGAAGCGUCAGAAGUACUGGGGCCGAGCAGCGCACGUGGCAGUGCACGUGGCGGCGGCAGCGGAUCUCCUGGCGAAUGAUUUGCCAUCAUAUGCCAGUGUGCACAGUAGCUUUGGCUUUGCGCACUUCAGCGGUUAUGGUGACUUUCUGCGCGCGCGCGGCCAGCUCUCUGAAGCGGAGGAGACGCCACUGGCCACCCCUUCAGCGACACCCGGCCGCGGGGCCAUGGACAGCAGCGGUCGCUUCCACAAAGCGCCCAGAGUACUAGUGGUCCGCGAGAUUGCACCCGCUGGCCUCCUUGCUGCAUGGAACCGAGCACAUCCCGGCAGUGAGGUUGUUUCCUUUGACCGCGUGUAUGCUGUCAACGGCAAGACUCGGGUUGAGGACAUGCAGCAAGAGCUCCGCAAAAGCGCGAUGAUCGUCCUGAAGAUUGUUCGCUACCCGCAGAUGUUCGCAGUGGAGCUGCGGGGCGACACGCAGGGACCAGUGCCCAUCGGAGUUCGCGUGGAGAGGCCACCGAGCGACUUUGCGCCGGAGCUGAAAGUCACCGAGGUGGCAAGCGACGGUGCCCUAGAGCAGUUCAACCUGGCGCAGAUCAGGAUGGGCCGCUUUCACUUGGUCGUGCUGCCUGGGAUGUUUAUCCGGAAAGCCAAUCAGACACAAGGCGACCCCGACAGUAUGGAGAAGAUUGUCGCCGGAACGACACCCGUCACGCUUUUCAUCCGACGCGGUGACCAGAUGAUCAGCAGGGAUAUCCCUCGCACGAGAUCCAUGAGGCUUUCGGGGCUGGGGUCGUUGCUUGAGGACGGCGCCUUCGCAUGCAAAGCUAUAUUUCAGCCAUCUUAUGGAUUAUGCAGGAUCCGAGCCUGGGUUCACAAAAUUUCAACCAAUUUCGGCUUCUUUACUUGGCGUGGCGUGCAGCAAGGACCUACUUGCUUGCUUCACCGUUACAAUAGAUGA